AGGUGCAACCGGAGAGGUAUUGCUUAAGUUGAUCGCAGCUGACAGCGCAGGUCUUGCUGGCAGGGAAGCAGGAGAUCUUCGGAGGCCCACACACAGGCACUUGCAAGUGUAAAGCCAGCCUGCGCGAGGAGAAGAGCCGUGCUGCUGGCACCGGUCACCUGCGAUUUCCUGGGGAAUCAGGCAGCACACGUUGGCCUUUGCAUGUUAGUGAUUCCCUGCCUGUGCAGCGGUGCCUCGUGUCUGCUGUGCCGAUGUUGUCCCAACAGCAAGAAUUCAACGGUGACGCGUCUUAUCUAUGCCUUCCUCCUCCUCCUCAGCACUGUUCUUGCCUGCAUUAUGCUGGCACCAGGGAUGGAAGAGCAGCUGAAAAAGAUACCUGGAUUUUGUGAUGAGGGGCUUCAUACUCGGAUACCUCAUGUGGAUGGCUUUGUCAGCUGCGAUGUGUUUGUUGGAUACAGAGCUGUCUAUCGAAUCAGCUUUGCCAUGGCAGUGUUCUUCUUUCUCCUCUCUCUGCUCAUGAUAGAAGUGAAAACAAGCAAUGAUCCAAGAGCCUCGGUACACAAUGGGUUCUGGUUCUUCAAAAUAGCUGCCAUUGUGGCUAUCAUGGUUGGAGCGUUUUACAUUCCUGAAGGGCCUUUUACGACAGCUUGGUUUGUUAUUGGUAUUUGUGGAGCCUUCUGCUUCAUUCUUAUCCAGCUGGUGCUUCUCGUGGACUUUGCUCACUCCUGGAAUGAGAACUGGGUUGAUAGAAUGGAGGAGGGAAAUUCUAAAUGUUGGUAUGCAGCUCUGUUCUGUACAACCACAUUCUAUGCCUUGUCGCUGGUUUUUGUUGUUCUCUUCUGUGUUUUCUACACAAAGCCUGAUGACUGCACUGAGAACAAGUUCUUCAUAAGCAUGAAUGUGAUCCUGUGCAUUGCUGUUUCCAUUGUUUCUAUCCUUCCUAAAGUUCAGGAGUAUCAGUCUCGCUCUGGCCUCCUCCAGUCCUCUGUUAUCACGCUCUACACCAUGUAUCUCACUUGGUCAGCCAUGUCCAAUGAGCCUGAACGAAACUGUAACCCAAGUUUGCUGAACAUCAUCACCCAGAUAGCUACACCCACAGUUGUUCCAGCAAAUACCACUGUUGUGCCUACUACUCCAGCUCCACCCAAGUCCCUGCAGUGGUGGGAUGCCCAGAGUGUUGUUGGAUUGGUUAUCUUUGUCCUUUGCCUCUUGUAUUCCAGCAUUCGCUCUUCAAGUAACAGCCAAGUGAACAAGCUGAUACUGUCUGGGAGUGACAGUGCCAUGCUGGAGGAUACUGUGGGAAUUGGCAGUGGGGCUGCAGAGGAAGGAGAAGUGCGCCGUGUCAUGGAUAAUGAGAAGGAUGGUGUUCAGUACAGCUACACCUUCUUUCACUUCAUGCUCUUCCUUGCUUCUCUUUACAUCAUGAUGACACUCACGAACUGGUACAGCCCUGAUGCUGAUUUUAAAACAAUGACAAGUAAGUGGCCAGCCGUGUGGGUGAAGAUAACAUCCAGCUGGGUCUGUCUCCUUCUCUAUUUUUGGACCCUAGUGGCUCCUCUUGUCCUUACUAAUAGGGACUUCAGUUAAAUUGCUGCACCUGUCUGAGCUUACAAAAGUGGGGAACUUUUUUCUGAAAGCCAAAAUGUUCAUGUAUUGCUUUAGUUACACUGUCCAUGUUACUGUUUCUUACGUUGAUAUUAACAUGCAGGUGAAUAGAAAGUUAUGUAUUGCAUAUGCUUGAUGCAGGAGCAAAAUUCUUCAUUAUCUUCCUAUUUUAACCUUCAGUCAUGAUUAUCUUAUUACUGCAUUUUUAAAAUUCACUACAGCUGUGCUGUCAAAGCACAAAAUGUCUGUUCUGUCCUAUAGCCACAACCUUUCUAUUGAAUGGAAGUAACAUCUAACUAAAUAUGAAGUAAUAUAUUUUAAAGAACAAUUAUAUUCAGCAUAAUGCACUAGUAUGCUAAUGCUUCAGUUCCUGGAAGUGUAAGCCAUGCUGCUUGAUUUCUAUAUUUCACUGCAAAAAUUUUAAAGCAAAAGUUUAAGUUAUACUUACCUUCCUGUGUUGUGGCAAAAACCUGCUUCAUUCCUUACCAAAAGAACAGAACUUUGAGGUUGAAAAACUGGUUAAUGCUACUUCCUCUAAAGAACAAAUUUGCCCUUUCUAAAAGGCAACUGUUAUGGUAACUUUGUUUUUAGUCUAUUUGCCAAAUAUUGAGUGGUAAGUGUAUGACUAGCUUAAACAACUUUGAUUAUGGUGGCAAAAUACAGCUUCUAAUUAAUUUCACUUAUCUAAUAUGCUUAUAAAAAUAAUGUACAUUAAAUGAUUCUUAUUGACAUUAAGGCAUUUGCACUGUAAACUUAUUUGAAUAAAGUGGACUAACUACUGAAA